AUGGGGAUCGACUCGAAAAAAGCUCCCCCCUUACCAGCCCCGACCGAAACCGAGUCCUUGAGCACGCCGACCGAGCUUGCGACCGAUGUGUCCCAGCACCUGCAAGAAGAGGAGAGAUCGCAUUUCUCCCUGCCCGACGACGGCACCCCAGUGACCAUCAGAACCCGCGGCCACAAGCCCAAUCGCUCCCAGACCUCGCUGCUGAUCGAGUAUUUCGAGGGCGGCAAGGAGUCCAAGUCCCCCGACGGCACCAGCUCCUCCGCCAACCGCAAGCCCAGCGUGAGGGUGCGCCUGACCCCGUCCAAGGGCCGUGGGAAGCACGACCCUCAUAUCCAGAUCACCGAGACCAAGUCGUCGACGUCGCGCAAGACCUCCAUGUCGAAGCGCACGCGCGACGGGCCUCUGGUGCCCAGCCGAAGCGACCUGGACGUGACCGAUCCCGAGGACGCCAGGAGCAUGCAUUCCUACGCCUCGGCCACAGAGGAGUCCAACGUGUCUCGCAACCCUAUUGAGGUCGAAAUAGCACCGGGCCACCACCGCAGGCGGGAACGAAAGGCCUCGAGUCCACUGAUCCCAGCCGCCGACAGCAAGACGUCGUCCUAUGUGCCUCCCAACAUGUCUGACAUCUCCGCCAUCCCAACCGACAGCUUUCUGGAUGGUUCUGGUGGCACUACCAACCUGUCAUAUUCGCCUGACAAGCGACGCAGCAGAAGUCCCUCCGGCGCCGAGGCCCUAGCAGCUGGAGCUCUGGGAGCCGUGGCCGCUGCGGCUGUGGCUGACAAGAUGAACCGCAAGACUAGGAGCGCGAGCCACGAUCGUAAGAUCAUUGAGAAGGCUGUGGAGAAGGCCACCAGACCUGACCGCAAGCACAAGUCCAAGAGCCGGACUAGCAGUGUCGGCGAGAUGGAAAUGGAGGGGAAGAGCUCUUCCUCGCGGCGGAAGUCCAAGAGCGGGCACAAGGAAUCAAUAAUCUCCGGCGCCGACUCCAGCGUUCUCUCGUCCGCCAUGACACCAAGCCACAGGUCAUACGACUCACAUUCCUCGUCAAAGGUCUCCAUCAACAACCCCAAGCUAUUGGAAACCGUCGAAGAUGCGAUCCGGCGACUAAUACUACCGGAGCUGGAAUCCUUGAAAAGAGAGCGUAGUCAGCGAGACAGUCGGAGAAGUAAAGACCGGGAAUCCCUUUCCAGCCUCACAUCUGUUUCUCGAGAGGAUCUCUCCGUCGCCAACAGGAGGAGAUCAAGUGGCACGGAGCAUUCUACCAAGUCACGUGGACGAGAAGCGCGCAAUGAUUUGUCGCCUCAAAGCAGCGUGGAGCACGUGUCCGUGCUUGAGCACGAAGAGACUACGCCGCAGCGUGGGAACGACCACCAUCUUGGGGAUGCGGCUUUAUUGGGGGCUGCAGCCGCGGCCGGUAUAGCAGCUGCUAGUCGGGACAGGUCGAGGACGGACGACAAACGUCAACGGAGGCGCCGUCGUGCAAAGACACCCGAGCGUGGUAGGGCUGCGGAAGAGUACGAUGAGCUUGAGCAUGAGGUCAUCCCUCCAAUGCCUCUCUCGAGCGAGAUCAACCCAUCCGAAAUGACGAGAACGUCCAUCCUGUCAGCCGAUACUGACAGACCACAUUCUGCAAGUGAGGAAAUGACGCCGGUCCGGGAGGUUGUCAGAGGCGUACACUCUCUCGAGUCUGUUGACGACACUCCUACUCCCACGAGAACGCCCGGCAAUACCCUCCAAGGGCUGGGUGCUCUGCAUGAAAAUCUUUCCCACGGAGACCUCAAGAACCUCCCACGCAAGGGACCCGGUGAAUACGAAGAGUUCAGCGAGGAGAGCGAGUUGAGCUCGCACAAUCCGGCUUACAGAGAUGAGUACGACGACUACGAAGAGGGACUCGGAGAGCCGGGGAUGUACGACAACUCAUUUUAUAGUCAGCAAGACGUCCCCCCUCCCUUGCGCUAUGUCCCGUAUCAGCAGGAGCGUCGGGGACUGAGCCCAAUUCAGAGUGUUUCAGGUUAUACUGAAGGAAGCGAUAUACACCACCGGCGCGACUCCAGGGCCACACAAAGCGAGUUGUCUUCUCCUGGCAAGUCGUCCGUCCAUGAACGCCACCAAUCUCCUAGUUCUAUCCCAAGCAACAUGCGAAGCCGAGAGUUUGGGGAUGAGGAGAGCAGUGUUCGCAGUUCCGGUAACUACCGCGACACCAGGUUUACCGACGACAGCGAGCUGGAUCGAGUUACUUCUGGCCAAGCCGUGCGCGGUCUUGGUGCCAACCCCAACUUCGUCCAUCAGCCUUACAGUGCCGAGUCCGCCGUUGCCUCGUUAGUCGAUGGUUCAGUUCUUGACCCCUCAGUUUUGAGUGCAGGUCAGGAAUACCGGGACUCACAGUUGUCCUACGAUUCAAGGGCCGAUGGCCAGCAUUCAAGAGGUGGCAGCCCGACCAAGAGGUCUGUUGAGAGCUAUGUCCAAGCAAUCGAAGAGCGCAACUCCCCUGCUCUCUCAAAACAGACACGAUCCGACGUUUCGAGGGACUUUGACGAGUACGAGAUCAACGAAUAUGGGCAGAAGGUGCCCGGCACCAAAUAUCGGCAAUCUCCCACCGCGUCCGAGCAAGCUAUUACGAAUGCUGCCGUCAAUCGUGCUGCGGCUGCGGCAAGAAACAAGGGCAACCAAGCCUUCGUUGAGGAAGGAGAAGAAGAAGAGUGGCAGGGUGAGGGCGUAGCACGCAACAAGUCCUUUAAGGAACGGGCUCGGGCCGAUGGCUACCAACCCAAUGCUACACCGCGCCACAGUGUUGAUCGCCUCUCCGAAUUUUCCGAUCAUCCAAAGAUGGGAGCUAGUGCCUUGCCUGAUACGGAUCAUCAGAUGCCCGAAAUAGGUUACGGAUACUCUGACGGACACCGUACCCCAUCUAUUGUCCAAGGCCAACUCGGAGGCUCGGAGAUGGGAGAGUACCAUGAGCAACUGACUCCAACUCAAGAAAAGACCUUUGACUACGAGAGAGCUGCGACGCCCAAAGCCAGUGAGGAGGGCAGCGGCCAUGGCCUUGGGAUAGCCGAAGCUGCUGCUGCCUCUGCUCUGGCGGCUGCCGCCGGUAUGGCUGCUAGUCACAGCAGACAGCCAAGCCAGGAGCACGAGGACGAAUGGCAGCGAACCUCUGGGGAGCGUAAACGGGAUACCCUCGUGACCAACCCAUACGAAGGCACCAGCCCCAUUGCCAAUCUACCCGGUGUCGACGGUAACAUGUUCGGCGCAUCCGGGUUCAACAACGAAUUAUAUAGGGGCGGGUUCAACACUGGAAGCCCCGGUAUGCCCCAGGGUGAUGAGGGCUACGAGACCGCACAACCCAAUGAAACUCGCGAUGUGCAGAUAAAGGGCAAGGGGGUCGAGUUCCAGAACCAGCCAGGACUAGGCGAUAACAGCGAUGACCCGUUCUACACCGGCAUGCCUAAGCAUACGAGACAGUUGAGCGGCUUCUCCCAGGGCAUGGCUUCGCCGCUGUACGAUGCUACUACUGGCACGGGAAUUGACAGAAUCCAGUCCAAAGAUAUCAUUGCGUUGAUGGAGCAUCUCAUGGUGCGCGAUGCCCAGCGAAGUGCUAGAGAUACCGAAAUGCUUGUCACCUUGGUCAGAUCUGCCGCCGAGAUGCGCAACUCUUUCAACGACAUCAAGAGACUUUUGGCCGAUACCGAAGACCAGAUUAUUGGUGAAGUCAAGGACAAUACUGAGAAAACAGUUCAGCGACAUCUGGGUGGGCCCAGGCCUUACCCGGGUAGUGGAUCAAGAUCAGUCCAAGGCGGCUCCCAAGCCGGCACGAUCGAUGAAAAGAAGCGCAGCAUCUUCCGCCGAGCUCUGAAAGGCCUCAGUAGCAAGGGAGCUAACGAUCUUGGCCGAAUUGAGGAUAUGCUCAACCAAUUGUUGAGCGAGGUUGAUGUUCUGAAGCAUCAGACUGCUGGCCAGGCUAUGGGUUCUGGAAUGGGCACGCAAAACCAGUCACUCGACAACCUUGCCAGUGUCCAGUAUGAGCAAGACAAGGGCUAUGAACCCGAGGGCAAUGCUGGGACUUCCACCGCGAGCCAUGCCAGUCAAUCUGGACAUCUCUCUAUUCCUCAGUCGCGAGGUACAUCCAUGAAGAUGGGAUACGAUCGAAAGUUCUCCGACCACAGGAUCAGCACCGUCCACGAGGGUGAUGAGGAUGAGUACGUUGAUCAACAGGACAUGGCUGGUGACCAUUACUCCAAUCCCGAUCACCUCAUGUCCCCCGCCGUCGGUCCAGCUCGUGGUGGCUCGGUGCCUUUGGGUACACCACCGCAAGCUCCCCACGCGGCCGGCCAAUCAGCCAGCUACGAGAACACCCCAGUCACUGAUGCGAGUAAGAAGCACAAGUCGAAGGCGUCAUCUGGUUUCUUUCCGAAGAUCUCCAGGUGGUCUGAGACGACAACAUCCAGUGUUGGAAAGAUGUUCCGCAACUCCCGUCAAAAGCAGGAUGUUCCCGAGGAGUUCCUUCAGCUUCCUCACUCCCGUUCCGGAUCUGAUCUGGCGGAAUACGACCAAUAUGACUACGACAAUUCGUACGGCGAGGACAAGCUGCACACCGGCUUCUCUGAGCAGGAUCUGAAUGCCGACGUGGUUCUAGACCAAUCCGGCACCCCGAGUCGCAGCUACCACGACUCCACACUCCCGUCGAUAUACGCUACCCCUGAGGAUCCGAAGUACAAGGCUCAUCGGAACAGCAUAAACUUGCAGCACCCCCAGCCGCGACCUGGUCAGACAGAGCGCUUUAGAACCGCCCUCGAGUCAUCUGCGCAGGACUACGAUACCCCCAUGAGCCCUCACUCGGACAACUGGGCACGCUCUGCUACAAGCCUGCACCGUUUCCCGGAGAGCAACAAUCGCUACAGCGACCAAAGUGCCUCUAACCAGUAUACCUGGUCAUCUCCGGCUCAGCAGACCGGGCCCCCACGACCGCCGAAGGAGCCCCUUGAUGAGCAGGCUAGCACACCGCCCAGAAACGAGCGCUUGAGUAAGCUUCAGAAACACAGCCCCCUGCCAUACCACAGCGUGGACAGUGGUUAUGGUGGCACAGCGACACAUGCCGGCACCGUCGGGACUGCGAGCUAUCACUCCGGUAGCCCGAGACCCGAGAACCGUAAUCUGAGCGGUGUUCUGGGUGUACCUGCUCGUCGGCCUAGUGGACCACGAGCCAUGACUCCCAGCCGGGGCAUGAACAGUUCAAGAGGCAGUGAAGAUGGGGAGAGCAUCAGAAGCGGCCGAAGUGGCGUAAGCGACACGCAUGCUCGAGAUGAACGGAGGAGGAAGCGAGGUUAG